GCCUGGGUCCUGCCCCCAGAGUCUGACUCAGGCGAGGUGGUCGGUGGGUGAGCACCUGCGGACAAUCAGCCCUCAGAGCUCCAUGUUCUAUGGAGAGAAAGAGAAAAAAGUGCCACCCUGCCUCAAUUAACUGUUCCUACCCGGGCUCUGGGUCUCGGCGCGGGACUCAGGUGCCCGCUGCACCCCUGCUUGGGCGUUGCCCAGAACCGCGCCGCCGCAGUGCAGCUCGGACCCCGGGCACCCGCGGGACGCGCUCCCGGCUUCCACCCCGCUCCCGGCUCGGCUCGGGCCGCGGGAUCCAGCACCGCCCGCGGCACCAAGGCUGCUGCCAUGGGGAAUCUACCAUCUGCUGCGAAGCACUGCCUCAACUACCAGCAGCUUCUCCGCGAGCAUCUCUGGAGCGGAGAAUCAGUGGCAGGGGCGCUGGACCCGGCGCAGGUACCACCUCGCGGCCUAGGGCGCCUCCACCCCCCAUCAACCUCACCCUCAUCCCCCUGUGUCUCUGUCACCUCUGUAUGGCAGGGUCCUGGCCCAGGCCCAUUCUAUUGUCACCCUGUGGGUCUGUAGCUGAAAAGCCUUUCAUCCUCUCGGCUGUGAACAGCAGGCUCAUCCUUGCAGGCCUAGUAGUUUCCCUACCCCAGGCCUUUUGCAGGUCGCCUAUAGGAGUGAUCUUGUCUGUGUUCUUGGAAGGGCGGUGCCUUUGUUCUCCAGUUCUUCCUUGUAAUGUGUAACAGACUACAAACGUGUCACCUUGUGUGGUAGAAAGAGGAUGAAGCUAGGGCACACUAGGAAGGCAUACGACGAUUAAAAUCACAUGAUGUGUUAGAGCAUUGACUACAGUGUUUUUUGUGUUAACAAAAUUAAGCAAACUUGAAUAAAAACAUUACCGAAUAAAAUUAUUCCAGCAUUUUCCUGAGAGCUGCGAAAAGCCAACUCAGUGUUUAUUAUUUAUGAUUCCAUGUACUAUCAACAGAUGUGCUAGCUAGGUGAGCAUAAGUAAAUAAAUUUCCUUUUCGCAUAAAAGGUUAAACUUCAAACAUAAAACGACAGUAAUGAUCAUUACUUAAAUGUUGAGAACUGUUAUGAGUCAAGGGCUUUGUGAAGCCUUAGGUAUUAGCCUUUUUAAUUCUAGGUGCCUGUUCCCUUUGUGAACAGUGUAGUUCUCGUUAAUUUUGUAUUUUAGUGGGCUAGGCUAGCUUUACUAUAUGAUAUCACACCAGCCAUUUUAACAGUAGCUAUUCAUAUUAUGGCAGGGUCUCAGCUCAAUGUUACAACAUGUGAAAUUGAAGCCUUCGAUCCACAAGUAAGACUUAGCAUUCGUGGGUGGUUUUAUAAAUCGUUUUCGCCCUAUUAAUUAGAGUAUGACUGGAGCUAUUUUCAAGAGCCCUAGGAUGAGCUCACUGUCUACCAACAGAUGGAUGGAUCCAGUACAGAAGAUACAGCAUAAUUACCCAAUGGUUUAUUAUUCAGAGAGAUGAACAAAAUCAUGUCAUUCGUAGGUAGAUGCCUAGAAAUAACCCAGAGCCCAAUCAACUAAUACUGCCCAUUUUCUGUCGCCCAAGGAUGGGUCAUACAUGACGGGAGUAGAAAGGGGAGGGUUAGGAGACUUGAAAAGCACGAGGAGGAAGGAGCUGAUGAGUGGGGUAAUGAGGCUGUGAAUACGAUCACAGUAUACAGUAUGUAUACGUGCAAGGGCCACAACGAAUCUGCUAUUUUCUACCAGUAAUACCAAUAAGAAGGCACAGAAGGAUUGACCAGGACCCCCUGCUCAAACCUGAUCGUGACAACAGUGACGUGGGAAGCAAGACUUCUAUCUUGCUUCUAAUCUCCUUCUCUGUCCCCACGGCUGAUUUCCACGUAGUCUGGUUUGAACUUCCUGGAAUGUUGUCAACAUUCUUUAGUGGUCAGUUUGUCUUACACAACCAAGAAUCCCUAACAUUUACUUUCCCUGGGUUGAAAUCACAUGACUUUAUUGCUUGGGUGGUCCGUAGAGUGGUGUGUAUGCCCCAGUGCUCUGGUUUGUAUGUUUUGUGUGCUUGGUGGAUGAUGAAGAGGAGGAGGAUGAUGGAGGGUGGUGUCUACUUCACCGGUUAAGAGGAAGAAACGGGGAAAAUGAAAACUUUCUAAGAUUAUAGCUGAGGCAGAAUAAGGACACGGCUUUCAGACUCUUACGUGCUUUUCUGGAAGUCUUAAAACAAUGAUUAGCACAUUAUAAUAUAUAAUACAUAGUUGUUCAGUGAGUUCAAAUCGAAUGAGAACGACUACAUGCUAUCCAUUGAGUCUUGUCUUAGUACCAGUAUCCACUGGGUGUUGUUACUGUUUGGAAAUCAUCUUUUUAAUACGUAGCUUGCUGACAGGAUUUGAUAGUCAAGAAAACAGGCGAAUGAAAUUUGAAUGUUGUUCAGGAACUUUACCACUUACUUGUUGUAGAAUGUGGUAGAUAAGAUGACAUAUAGGGCCAGGUGAUGUGUUAGGACCUGAUGUGGUUGCAGUUGGGAUUCAUAGAAACUUCUUUAAGGGAGAGAAUGUCACGCUAAAUAAUAAAAGGCUAGAAAACAAGGUUCUGUUUCUCCUUUCUCCAUUUCCCCACACCCAAUAUAUCACAGCACUCUGCACAUCUUAGUAAGUGACUUUAUACAUAGACUAGCCCACCUCCUUUGUGAAAUUUCGUUCUAUAUAUUAAAUAGAAAAUAUCCUGAUGAGUUAGAAGUCAUCUCUUACAUCAAUUAAUCAGACUAAUAAAGUUUAGUUCUAACCUAUCUCUGAUUUUAAACCCUCCAUAUGAUGUUUCUGCUUGAAUUUACUGAAAGGGUAAUCUAAACUUUAUACAUUUUGUUGGUGACCAGGUAGCCUUAGAACACUUACUAAGGAACUCGAGGGGACUGGAGAUGAAUUUUUAGAAAAAGAAACAACCCCACUGCUUUAUAUUUAUUUUCUAUGUUCCUUGUUAACUUGUUCCCAGUCCUUCCUUCAUUCUUUUGGUUUGUAUUUUUAAUUUCCCCACUGAAUUAACGUGUCAGUUAUAUUGUGUUUGUAUUAUGUUCCUACUUGUUAACUAUGUCAACAUCUAACCUUGACUUGCUAAAAUAUAAAUAUGAUCGGUGUUAUAACUUAUUAAAACUGAAGCUGUAACACUUAAUUCCACCGCCGUCUUUUGUCUUUUGGUACUUGUGGUUGUAUGCAUUUAUUCUCCACAUGGGAUAGUUAUAAAAUAUAUUUAUUCAUUCACUGUCAAUGAAUAUUUAUGCAUAUAUUUUCCCUUCCCCUUGUCCUCCACUGAUUUAUCCAUUUCUAGUCUUGUACGGAGACUAUGUUUCUUCAACCAAGACUAUUCACUUCAGUCUCCUCUUCAUUGAAAAAUCUACUGGUCUGAAGGCUAGUAUGAUGGCUUAGUGGGCAAAGGCAGCUGCAAUCAAGCCCGGUGACCUCAGUGCAGUCUUGGGACCCACCUGGUAUAAGUAGAGAACCGAUUUCCUCUGACCUGCACGCACAGUCCACAGACACUAAGUAAAUGAAUACAACUUCACAUUUCUUUCUGUAUUUUUAUUCUUUCCUUUCCUUGUUCAGCGUGUUCAUUUCCUUCUUACAUUUCUUGGUACCGGUUCCGUCUGCAGCUCUGUCUAACUCUGGGUCCAUCGAAUUUGUUGAAUUCUAUGAUUUUAGGUUUCACAGUUUUUAUGUGUGCCUAUAUGUGUGUGCAUACAUGAUGUGAAUGUUUGUGUUUUAAGUAUUUGAGUGUGUGUAUGCCCAUGUGUGUAUCCAGGUCCACGUCCGUGUGUAUGCAAGUGUUUGGAGCCUAGAGGUUAACACCAAAUGUCGUUCUUGGUCUUUCUCUACUUGAUGCACUGAGACAGGGUCUCUUACUUAAACAACUAUGAGUUUACCAAUUUUGCUAGUUUUUCAGAAUUUCAAAUUAUACAGCCAAUGUAUCACUCAUUGAUCAACCUUUAAGAUACAUUUUCAUUUUGAAAUUUCCACUCCUGUUAUAUUCUAGUUCUGUCAAUGUGUAUCUGUCUGCCUGUCUCUCAUCACACUACUAGUUGCUUCUUUUUGCUACAUGUAUACGAUGAUAUCUCUUUUUACACCUAUGCGAUAUGCUAGCAAAUGCUUCUUUUGUAUCCUGUGUUUGUGUUAUUUUGCUCUAAGUAUCUCUUUAAGAUCCAGGACUUUGAUUACUCACUACUUUAAGGUAAAUUUAACUUUGACAGUGUUUGAAUUGACCCUCAGACUGUUUUCAGCCAUAUGCAUCAUCUUCACCACUCCAAAAUUCUUUAACGAUGUUCAUGUGUCUCCAGGGAUAUUCAAAUAAAUACUAUUGUUGGAAAAAAAGAUGUAUCUCAAAUAAAGAAUUUGCUUACUUUAAAAGUUGCUUCAUUCUCUUUUUAAUGAUGAGAGUUUGACCUAUCAUCUCCCAGGGAAAAAUGAUUAUUAUGUUUUUAAUUAAAAAUUUUUGAAUGUUUCAUAUGUGAGUACUAUAUAGUUUCUAGCCCUCCUUCUCCUGAAAAGGCCUGUGUCUGUCUCAAUUUCUCUAAAACUUAUGACAUCCUCUUCUUUAAUUAUUAUUGCAUAUAUAUCUAUAUAUAUGUAAAUAAAACUAACUGAGUACAUUAAUGUUUUCCAUAUAACAUAUCAGAUGUCUUAUUCCUGGGGAAGUUCAUACUCUCUCUCUCUCUCUCUCUCUCUCUCUCUCUCUCUCUCUCUCUCUCUCCCUCCCUCCCCCCCUUUCUCUCUCUCCUAUUAAUUACCUGUGGCUCUCCAUCUAGGUUUGGGGCUUUGAUAGCCCUCUUCCAUAUUGGCAUGGCACAUCUACUGGUAUUGCCAUAGCAAUGGCUUUAUUUAGGGGACUAGAUUUUUGAAAUAACAUGGACAGAGAAUCCCUGCCAUAUUGAGAAGGCACUGUAUGGUAGCAGACAUCCUGAUCCUCUGGCUCUUAAAACCCUUCUGCCCCCUCUUGUGAUGUUCCUUGAGCCACAGGUGUAAGGGUUGUGUUGAUAGAAGCUGGGCACCCAUGGUCGGUAUUCUCUGUAUUUUGAUCAGUUGUGGAUUUCUGAAAUUGUCUCUGCCUGGGCAAAAAGAAGCUUCUUUGAUGAGAUCUAGAAUCAGGAUAGUGGAAUACAGGUAACAGGAAAAGGGAAUGGGAAAAAGAGACUACACUGCACACUUUAAAUACAGAACUUGCAGAAACUGAGCUGGACCUGGCCUCAGAGCUUCACCCCUGAGGGUUAGCUCUCACAAUUUCUGCGGGUGCUAUGUAUGCAGGAUGCCAAGGGAGAAAAGCAAUCAAUAGUCUUAUUCAACUGUUGUGAAACCUGCGAACCACAAUGAAUGACAGUUCAGCCAGCUAUCCCCAAGAGUGCAAUAGUGACACACACACCUUAGGGAUAGCCAAUAACUGUCUAAUUGGGCUCAAAGCCUGAUCAAUGGGGGGGGGGGAGUUCAUCUCUCCUAUAAGUCUGCCCAGCCCACCAGUUGCUAGUAAAGUCAUGGAUCAUAGAGAAGAGCCUACUAAUGCCACUUUCCUAAAGCAGCACAAUUUCUAAAUGUGUUCUAAAUACUUACCCGGAAACCCACAGGAAGAAGGUUCUCCAUUCUUACACUGUGACUUUUCAAAUAACUUUAGGUCAAAUCUGGUCAUACUGAUUUCUGAAUGAGCACGUACGUGUGGAAACAGUAGUAGACACCCUGGCCUGUGUUUUAGCUUCAAUCCUAUUAGGAAAUGUGCUUCUUGGUGUUUUAUAAAAAAAAAAAAAGUGUAAUAAUUCUGUGUCCUCCUCAUCCUCUUUAAUCAAAUCAUGUUGUUUUGCAUGGGCUUCCUGUUCCAAGCACUUUUUAUAGCAGCCACUGUUGGCUGCCGAGUACGGUCCAGGUGCUUCCUGAUUGCUUGUUUAAUCGGCACAGUGGUCCGCUUUGUAGCGUUCACGUGCAUGGCACACAGUGAGUAAACUCCUUAGUUGCUCAUUGCCAGCAGCUAGAGAAUAGCGGAGUUAGGUUGGGAACUCAGGAAGUUCUACUUCCAGAACAUUGAGUUUGCAGGCACGUUUCCACGAUAGCUAUGAGAGGAUUCACUUGAAGAGUUUAUCGAGCCUUCCGGAAGCUCUGACUCAGCAGCACUUGCGGUUGGCUCCCAGCUGUCUUUGUUUUCCCUUCGCCCCUUCGUCUUGGUAACCUCUGUGCUGGCUGCUGCCGCCACCCUGCUACCAACUGUACUCCUAUCACAGUUCCUUUCCGGUGUCCUUCCUGAGCUCUUGGCUCCUGCUCACUCGAGCGCAGGCUGGGGAGAGACUACUGUGAAUUUUGACUUCCCUUCUGCCCUCCCUGAGGUUGAGAGUAGAAUUCAGUCUGGAAGAGAAUUGCGUUGGAUAAAAAAGGAAAAACAACUGGGUUUCCAAUAAAUUUCCUGUUCCCUUCAAUCUUCAAUACUUUCUGUCCUUGGAUUUCUGUUGGCUCCUGGAUUCCUUGCUCUCUCUGAUUCCAGCUGGCUUUCACAUCCUUCCUUCCCCCUACACUGUGAUUUUUUUUUUCUCAUCAGCUUCAAGCUCCUCCAAGUCUUCUGGCUUUAUGGUUAUUCACUCUGUGCUGUAACUUUCUCUGACCCUUCCUUCUGUUUCUCCCCAUUACACACUUAGCUUUGAGUUUUAUUUCUUCUUCUUUUUUUUCUAGUCAACCAGGAGACCAGACUUCACGGAUCCAGAAACGUCAUGGGUCACUUGCAGGUGACCUGUAGUGUUUGAGAGGCAAAAUCAGACCACAUAUUUGGAUCAUUUUAACUGGACUUUGGAUUUGAACAUUUUUGGGCAGCCUGGUUAAAGUCCUAAGAACAAAAGCAGCUUUUAGGAUUCUGCCUUCCUUCUAGUAGCUUGGCAAUUGUUUUUCUGUGUAGAGGGGCAGAUAGUCCUGUCCAGCUGCCUAGCUGAGAAAAUGUUAUCCCUGGAAAUAUUCUAUUUGAUUGCUCUCCACCUUAAACAUGAAGCAUCCCAGUUAUCUGGACUCCCUGAAUAUGUGAAAAUAGUAGAAGUUGGACCUAGGGAUGGAUUGCAGAACGAAAAGGUUAUAGUUCCUACAGAUAUAAAAAUUGAAUUCAUCAAUCAACUUUCCCAAACUGGCUUAUCUGUAAUAGAAGUAACCAGUUUUGUGUCUUCCAGAUGGGUACCACAGAUGGCUGACCAUGCUGAAGUGAUGGGAGGCAUUCAUCAGUAUCCAGGAGUUCGCUAUCCUGUCCUUGUACCUAAUCUUCAGGGUUUGCAGCAUGCUGUUGCCGCUGGGGCCACGGAGAUAGCAGUGUUUGGUGCUGCUUCAGAAUCUUUCAGCAAGAAGAACAUUAACUGCUCCAUCGAAGAAAGCAUGGGACGGUUUGAGCAAGUCAUCAGCUCUGCAAGACACAUGAACAUCCCAGUGCGAGGGUAUGUGUCCUGCGCCCUGGGCUGUCCCUAUGAAGGAAGCAUCAUGCCACAGAAAGUCACAGAAGUUUCCAAGAGAUUGUACAGCAUGGGCUGCUAUGAGAUCUCUUUGGGAGACACAGUUGGGGUUGGUACUCCAGGCAGCAUGAAGACAAUGUUGGAAAGUGUCAUGAAAGAGAUCCCUCCGGGGGCUCUUGCUGUUCACUGCCAUGACACGUAUGGACAAGCCCUCGCAAACAUCCUAACGGCUCUUCAGAUGGGAAUUAACGUGGUGGACUCGGCUGUAUCUGGAUUAGGUGGCUGCCCUUAUGCAAAAGGUGCUUCUGGGAAUGUAGCCACUGAGGACUUGAUAUAUAUGCUUAAUGGCAUGGGGCUCAAUACAGGUGUGGAUCUCCACAAAGUGAUGGAAGCUGGGGACUUUAUUUGCAAGGCAGUGAAUAAAACCACAAACUCUAAGGUUGCCCAAGCCUCCUUCAAAGCACGACUUGAAUGAGUUUAUGGUUUGAGAAAGAGAAGAGCCAUUCCCGCCCCAGUUCAUCACAGCAUCAUCAGUGCCAACGCAUUCUGAAGUGGAAGUAAAUAAGAAAGAGCUGGGAAAGGAGAUAUGCUUUGGAAAGUUUAUCAGUGGGUAGACCAUGAAUUCGGUGGAAGGCAAGACGAGGCAUUUGUUCAACUGCAAGCUGGGAAUUAACACCGGUGCACGUCCUUCUGGGGGUGGACAAGGCCUGAUCAUUUGCUCUUACAGAAAUCAUUAUAUUUUUUAGCUUAGUAGAGCUGAAAAUUGACUUCAGAUUUCUCUAAGUAUCAAGUGCUGUGUUAAUGCCUCCUCAAGCCACCUUACCGCCGGGUACACAUUGUUAGUGGUUUAUGAGCCUCGACACAAUGCAGAGUGUGUGGCCCUGAAGUUGUGUGUUUUUCCUCUGGAUCCCGGUUCUCCAUUUGCCAAGUUUGUUAAGUUAUGGACCAAGAGCCAAAGUUUCAUCUGACCCAACAUAAUUUUUAGCAAUAGAACUUUUAUAUUUCAAGUGCGGCUAACAUCUGUUAACUAUUUCAAUGACUUUAUUGUGCUCCAAGUUGCUGUGGUCAAUGGCAAGACGCCACAUCCUGAAAGCACGCCGUACCUCCCAUGUUUGUUCCAUGCGUUCAGUUUGCUGUGUUUUACAUUUAAUCAGUUGUAGAAAAAAUAGUCCACAAUGUUAUUUAAAUAUGGAGAAACUAUAUGGUGUGAUUUUUAUUCUGGUGUCUGAGGGACAGUAAUGACAGGAGACUGACGUAGACACUCUUGUCUAUUUCCAUAAUAUCUAGGUUACUUUUGAAUUGCCCAAGGAAAUACUAUUGUGAUUUUAAGAAUUUUAAUAUAAUUUUAACUGAUGAAAAGUCUGUUUUCCUUGACUUAAUAUUCUCUCUAUCUGUUUGUUUUUAUUUGACUUUAGAAUAUUUAUUUUGAAGUGGAAUGACAGAAAUAUUAUCUUUUGUGCCAGAAAGCAUUGUAAGGGAUAAUGAAAAUUAAUACAUUAAAGAUCAAGGCCUGGGGCUAUGGCUCAGUGGUCAAGAGCACUGGCCAUCCUUCUAGAGGGCAUAGACUUGAUUCCAAGCGCCCAUAUGAUGAUUCAAUAGCAUUUAUAACUCCAGUUUCAGGGAAUCUAAUGGCUUCUUCUGGCCUCUUCUUGACUAGUCAGGCAAGAAGGACACAGGCAUAUGUGCAGGUAAAUCAUCCAUUAAUGCAAAAUAGCGUAGACAUCCUAGAAAAUAGUAAAAAUAUUGAAAUGAAAAUAUUCAAGACAAUAAGGAUAUUGAUUAGAAGUACAAUAUCGUUAGAGGUAUAUGGUAGGGAAAACUGGAAUGGAAACAUACAGCUUGACAAAGAAACCUAAAUUUCCAUAGAAGACUCCGACUUGUCAGCUUGUAACGGUUCUUCAGGAGGGUCUGUUACCGCAUGCUUUCCUCAAGCGCACUGAAAGCAGUUCUGUGCUUGGGGGCUCAGGUUGGAACAUGAAUGGCACAGAGGCAGUAAAGUGGCAUUUGAUUGUGGAGCUGCCUUAGUACCCCCUCCCUGAUCAUCUCUUUUGACUAGGGUGCUGCCAGGCAUCGACAUCAAAGGUUCUUUUUUCUCCAUUUUCUGAGGAAAUUGAUUUUCCCUAUCAGAGAUGUGGAGUGUUCAGUUUUGAGAUAUUUGGGAAAACAUCUGUUUAUGCAGACUACUUGUAAAAUCAGUGACCAGCAUUUUCGUUUGGAAAUGAAACUCAAAGUUCUUUCACAGACGGAGCACAUAGAAACCUCAGAUAUAGUGCUGUACAGUUGCAUGGUGCCUACCUCCGCAGAUCAGCUAAUUUUCAUGACUACCUUGAUACUGUCUACUUACACUUGACAUAGCUAGUUUAUGUUUUCUUCUCUCUCUCUCUCUCUCUCUCUCUCUCUCUCUCUCUCUCUCUCUCUCUCUCUCUGCUGUCUUAAUUUCUUAGGAAGAAUUUUCUCAACUGCCCAGGAAACCUUGCAGUCACUGCAGGACCCAUUGGAAAAAAACAAAAAGCAAAAAACAACAACAACAAAAAACUCACCCAUAUGUAUUUUGAUACCAAAUUUUGCCCUGAUUUUACCUAGAAAGACUUAAGAACAGCAAGGCAAAUACAACGUUUGUUGAAAUGUGAAUGAAAAUAAUCUUUCUUCACAUCUGCCCUUAAGUUAAGGAUAUUCUGCAUCCUGGAACUUGUACAUUUUAUUAUAGAGAUGUGUUGCCGCCUGUCAUAGAGUUAGGAGUUUUGGUAAAUUGUCAAUCACUCUACCUAGGAGUGUAAGCACCCGGAUUUGAUCUCCCAGACCAACGAACCAACAAGCAGAAAUAAUUUUGCAUUCUGAAAUUUAAAAAAAAAUGUAAAUCUUAACUUCAUGAACUCAGAGCAAACCAAUUUAGUCUGUUAAUUUUCUAGUAAAUUCAAUGUUCUCUUUACAUUUUUAGCAUUUUAUUUACUGUAAAAUUUAAUAAAGACUUUCUUAGCUGUA